AUGUUGGUGUUGGUUAUGAUUAACUUGUUGAUUAUUGUUCAUGAAAUUCGAUUUUCUUUUGCAAUUUUGGAACCUGUUGAUUUUUUAGCCUUACAAUCGAUUAGAAAAUCACUUGAAGACAUGCCUGGUUCUAAUUUCUUUUCUUCAUGGGAUUUCACAUCCGAUCCUUGCAACUUUGCCGGCGUUUUCUGCGACGGUGACAGAGUUGUUGCUUUAAACCUCGGAGAUCCACGCGCCGGUGCCCCAGGUCUCUCCGGCCGUCUUGAUCCGGCUAUCGGGAAGUUGACGAAUCUCGCUGAAUUUACCGUUGUUCCCGGUCGUGUCAUGGGUAAACUGCCGGCAACAUUGUCAGAGUUGAAGAAGCUCCGGUUUUUAGGCAUUAGUCGGAACUUUAUCUCCGGUGAAAUACCGGCGACUUUGGGUGAACUUCAAGGGCUACGAACACUUGAUCUCAGUUACAAUCAGCUCACCGGAAGUGUUCCUUGGGCCAUCGGAAGUUUACCAGCAUUAGCUAAUGUCGUUCUCUGUCACAACCAUCUGUCCGGUUCAAUACCUUCGUUUGUUUCUCAGACUCUAACCCGGUUAGACCUUAAACACAACAACCUCUCCGGUUCGAUACCUCCCGGUUCACUCCCUUCUUCGUUAGAAUACCUUUCUCUCUCCUGGAACAGUUUCUCCGGUCCGGUUGACCUUUUAUUACCCCAACUAAACCGGUUGAACUUCCUAGAUUUAAGCCUCAACCGGUUCACCGGUCAAAUCCCCAGUUGCGUUUUCAGUUUCCCGAUAACCAACCUCCAACUCGAGAGAAACCUUUUUUCCGGUCCGGUCCAGCCAUUCAAUGAGGUUGCAAUCCCAACCGUUGAUCUUAGCCACAACAUGUUGUACGGACAAGUGUCUCCACUGUUCUCAACAGUUCAGAAUCUUUACCUCAACAACAACCGGUUCACUGGUUCUGUUCCGACGACUUUGAUGGACCGGUUAAUGGCCGGAAACGUACAGUUGUUGUACCUGCAGCAUAACUUUUUGACGGGGGUGCCGAUCAAUCCGAUGGCGGCGAUUCCACUGAGCAGUUCAGUUUGUUUACAGUACAACUGCAUGGUGCCGCCGGUUCAGACGCCGUGCCCGAUCGAAGCCGGUACGCAGAAGACCCGACCCACAUCACAAUGCAUGGAAUGGAAAGGGUAA